GGUGAAGCAGCCCAUCACGGACGCGGACCGGCUGCGCGGGCUGGCGUGCCGCGCGCUGGCCGGCCUGGCGCGCUGCGCCACGGUGCGCCAGAUCAUCUCCAAGCUGCCUCUGUUCACUACGUCGCAGAUACAAGGUAAGCAUUAUCCCUGAUGGUGGUGAAGCAGCCCAUCACGGACGCGGACCGGCUGCGCGGGCUGGCGUGCCGCGCGCUGGCCGGCCUGGCGCGCUGCGCCACGGUGCGCCAGAUCAUCUCCAAGCUGCCUCUGUUCACUACGUCGCAGAUACAAGUGUUGAUGCGAGAUCCAAUCCUACAAGAGAAGCGACAGGAGCACGUCAUGUUCCAGAAGUACGCGUUAGAGUUGUUGGAGCGAGUCUCCGGGAAGAGCAAACACAUGGGAGCCGAGUUCGAGACCUCACUAGCUAAUAUACACAGGGCGAACGUGGUGGCCCAGACGCGCAUCCACUACAACGAGCGCCAGCUCCUGCAGCUGGUGGCGGCGCACCUCGCCGCGCGCGGGCUGGCGGAGAGCGCCGCCACCCUGCAGCGCGAGGCCGCGCUGCCCGCGCCCGCGCCCGCCGCGCUGGCGCCGCCGCCCCCGCCCGUCUACACGCCCGCCGCGCCCAACACUCCCGUCGCCGCGCCGCACAGGGUGAGUGUACAGCGAGAGCGAGGCCGCGCUGCCCGCGCCCGCGCCCGCCGCGCUGGCGCCGCCGCCCCCGCCCGUCUACACGCCCGCCGCGCCCAACACUCCCGUCGCCGCGCCGCACAGGGUGAGUGUACAGCGAGAGCGAGGCCGCGCUGCCCGCGCCCGCGCCCGCCGCGCUGGCGCCGCCGCCGCCGCGCCCAACACUCCCGUCGCCGCGCCGCACAGGGUGAGUGUACAGCGAGAGCGAGGCCGCGCUGCCCGCGCCCGCGCCCGCCGCGCUGGCGCCGCCGCCCCCGCCCGUCUACACGCCCGCCGCGCCCAACACUCCCGUCGCCGCGCCGCACAGGGUGAGUGUACAGCGAGAGCGAGGCCGCGCUGCCCGCGCCCGCGCCCGCCGCGCUGGCGCCGCCGCCCCCGCCCGUCUACACGCCCGCCGCGCCCAACACUCCCGUCGCCGCGCCGCACAGGGUGAGUGUACAGCGAGAGCGAGGCCGCGCUGCCCGCGCCCGCGCCCGCCGCGCUGGCGCCGCCGCCCCCGCCCGUCUACACGCCCGCCGCGCCCAACACUCCCGUCGCCGCGCCGCACAGGGUGAGUGUACAGCGAGAGCGAGGCCGCGCUGCCCGCGCCCGCGCCCGCCGCGCUGGCGCCGCCGCCCCCGCCCGUCUACACGCCCGCCGCGCCCAACACUCCCGUCGCCGCGCCGCACAGGGUGAGUGUACAGCGAGAGCGAGGCCGCGCUGCCCGCGCCCGCGCCCGCCGCGCUGGCGCCGCCGCCCCCGCCCGUCUACACGCCCGCCGCGCCCAACACUCCCGUCGCCGCGCCGCACAGGGUGAGUGUACAGCGAGAGCGAGGCCGCGCUGCCCGCGCCCGCGCCCGCCGCGCUGGCGCCGCCGCCCCCGCCCGUCUACACGCCCGCCGCGCCCAACACUCCCGUCGCCGCGCCGCACAGGGUGAGUGUACAGCGAGAGCGAGGCCGCGCUGCCCGCGCCCGCGCCCGCCGCGCUGGCGCCGCCGCCCCCGCCCGUCUACACGCCCGCCGCGCCCAACACUCCCGUCGCCGCGCCGCACAGGGUGAGUGUACAGCGAGAGCGAGGCCGCGCUGCCCGCGCCCGCGCCCGCCGCGCUGGCGCCGCCGCCCCCGCCCGUCUACACGCCCGCCGCGCCCAACACUCCCGUCGCCGCGCCGCACAGGGUGAGUGUACAGCGAGAGCGAGGCCGCGCUGCCCGCGCCCGCGCCCGCCGCGCUGGCGCCGCCGCCCCCGCCCGUCUACACGCCCGCCGCGCCCAACACUCCCGUCGCCGCGCCGCACAGGGUGAGUGUACAGCGAGAGCGAGGCCGCGCUGCCCGCGCCCGCGCCCGCCGCGCUGGCGCCGCCGCCCCCGCCCGUCUACACGCCCGCCGCGCCCAACACUCCCGUCGCCGCGCCGCACAGGGUGAGUGUACAGCGAGAGCGAGGCCGCGCUGCCCGCGCCCGCGCCCGCCGCGCUGGCGCCGCCGCCCCCGCCCGUCUACACGCCCGCCGCGCCCAACACUCCCGUCGCCGCGCCGC